AUGUUGUCGAGCCCACCGCGCCUCCUGGCGCCCAUAUCACCAUAUAAUCGCCCUUCAUCGCCCACUAUGUCCCCAGGGGGCCGUAGGGGACGCGCGCUGGGAAGCGCCGACGAGAGUCACCUACGCGAUUUGUCGCCCAACACCACCUUACGAGCUUUUACACAAAGACCGAUGCCAUACGAUGUCACACGAGACGAGUACAAGAUCUUCGCGUGCAUCGAAAACCUUACACCUGCCGAGAGGGACCUAGGAGCACGCGUGGCCAAGGCAGCGCAGCGUCUGAAGAACUGGUGUGACGAGAUUGGCCAGUGGGGAUGGUCUGGCUCCUUUGAGCAGCCCAGCGAGGAGUACAAGGAGCGGCGUCGGAGGAGCCUACAGACGCGCAUCGAGGAGCACAUCAAGGAGGCGCCGGCUGCCGACGAGAUCCCGCCGCUCGAAUACUGGGGUUCGCUGCUCUCAGUCGAAGUGCAGGCCCACGAAGCCCGGCUGGAUGAGAUCAGCGACGACUUGUUAAGCUUGGAUGUGGAGGAGCUAAAGGGCCAUGUACUGGAUAUGCAUCCUGGGAGCAGAUCGCGACCUUCUUCUGCAGGCUAUGGAGCAAGCCGGAGCAGCUACAAGCCCAUGGACGACUUCAACUUCCUCAUCACCCAGACACUCAUUUCUGCUCUUCCACACCACUUUCAGCUUAAAGAGCGGCUGCAGACAUGGACAGCGCGUGUGACCGUACUUCGCGAAGCGCCCCGAUAUCUCGACGAUCUUAAAACGGCACAGAAGGCGAUGCGCUUGGGCUGGGAAGCCCUCGGCCCACCGAAGGAUCCAUCCGAUGAUGCGUUUGAUACGUGGAAGAAAACAGUGGACACAAUCUCUGGAGUUAUGCGAGAUAGGGUCAGCGACCUGGGACGCCGGUUAGACACUAUGCUAGAUUCGCUGGAAGGACACGAAGAUUGCUUGCCAGACCGCUGGAUCGAUGUUUUCGAAGGCGUUGAAGGAGACUUUGGGAGAUGGACACAGGAAUCACGGAGAAAGGUCAUCGAAUUUGACGUGCGAAGGCACGGCGGUCCAAGCGGUGAAUCUAUGGUGCUGGAAGGCGAGCUCGUGGCACAUUCCGACAAUGUUGCGCCAACCACACAGGCCGACAAAAAUGCAGGAUUGGUCCAGAAGAAUGAUAGCGCAAGCAGUGCAGACGGAGAGUUCAAGCCGGACACCACUGAUGAACAUUACCCUGUAUUGGAGACGGCGAUUGAUGAAACGUCGAAACAUACGGAAACAGAAGACGAUGUGUUGGAGGACGAAUCCGUCUUCGAAGAAGGCGACACGGUCAUACACAACGAGAUCGGAGAGGAUACUGUGGGAGUUGCGCAGUCAAAUUUUGAGUCAACAAGCCCUACUGAGUCCCAAAUUAUUGUCACUAGCGAGGAUGGCCAGCACACACCCGUUCGACCCCACACCCCUCGCUCACGUCGAGAAAGCAUGGAGUCUAUUUCUUCAGAUAUUUCGUACUCUUCAAGUCCGCCUAGUGCUUUCAGUCCGUCACCCUCUGUACGCAAUGCCACGAACAGAUCGUCGAGGGCACCUCGACCUGCUCUCAACGCAGCGAUGCCGAAGCGACGAAAGAAUGACACCGAAUCAUCUGUUGAAGAGCGCGCCCCAUGGCCACCCACACAAUUCUCUCAUACGACCCCAACCACCGCCGACGACUUCGAGCGGAAAAUAUCCGAUGUCCUCUCUACCAUUCCUGCACACAUCCGUCUCACCUCAAGAAACGGAGCGGAUGCUCGUAAUCCAAAGGCUUCACGGGCGGUGUCUCACAAAGGUAGUAAGGGAUAUCUCCGAGCUGCGCGUUCCGUCAGCGGCAUGAAAUCUCCCGAGCUUACCUUAUCACCCGUGAAGGAAGAUUUCGACUCAGCUAAAGCGCUCUCAGGCAGAAGGUCGACAGCGUCGCUACGAGGCGACAACGACAUUCGCAUGUAUCAUCUCACGCAGCCUGGCAAGGAACAUCCAGUUAAGCUAUUCAUCCGCCGUGUAGGAGAGAACGGCGAACGCGUCAUGGUCCGCGUCGGCGGUGGUUGGGCCGACCUUGGAGAGUACCUACGACAGUACGCUGAGCACCAUGGACGACGAACAGCUAGCAACGGCCAGUUCGAGAUCCUAGGUCUGGAAGUUGGCGCUGAUCUGUCACCCAACCGCUCGGAAAGCGUUAUGAGCAGCCGUAAUAGGCGUGCCAGUGGCGGCUCCCAGGUCAUUAGCCCGACCACCACGCCCAACAGACCAUCUACAAGAACGGGAAUAUCAACAAACGAACCCCCACCGCCCAUGCCGCACUUGUCGCCUACGCCCACCCCAACCAGCAGCAACGAGACCUCUGGAACCCCCGCCUCAGAUUCGAGCCGUCGCUCUUGGCGUGGUGAGGAAGUCGGUCUCGCAGGUCCGAAGUCUAAGAAGAUUGAUCUAGACAACGAAAAGGCUGAAUGGGUUGAGGGUAUGAUGAAACAAGCGCGUAGCGUGAGUGGGAAUUUGAUGAAUCAGUUUACGCCACAAAACCAAACACAUAAUGGAAGGGGUGAAAGUCGUAGUGAGAGCCGGAGCGAGAGUCGCAACGAAAGUAGAACGAGUGUUAGAGGGCAAGCUUCAUUUGGGGAUCUGGGAAAGGUUGGAGGUACUAAGAGGAUUUUUAUGCGGGGUGGACCGGCGCAAGAGCAUUGA